AUGGGACAGGCGGAGAGCACCGGGAGCGAAGGGGAAAUCGGCGUGGCGGAGCUCCAAAACUGGUAUAAGAAGUUUGUCACCGAGUGCCCCAGUGGGACUCUCUUCUUUCACGAGUUCAAGCGCUUUUUUGGAGUCCUGGACAACGACGAGGCAGCAGAAUACAUCGAGAAUAUGUUCCGGGCAUUCGACAAGAACGGGGACAACACCAUUGAUUUCCUGGAGUAUGUUGCGGCCCUCAAUCUGGUUCUAAGGGGUAACCUCGAGCAUAAACUGAAGUGGACUUUCAAAGUUUACGACAAAGAUGGGAAUGGGUGCAUUGACAAGGCGGAGCUGCUGGAGAUCGUGGAGUCUAUUUACAGGCUAAAGAAGGCAUGUCGUAAAGAAAUGGAAGACGGUUCUCCUCUCCUCUCCCCUGAGGAAGUUGUAGAUCGAAUAUUUCAAUUAGUGGAUGAAAAUGGUGAUGGCCACCUGUCUUUGGAUGAGUUUAUCGAUGGAGCUCGCAAGGAUAAAUGGGUGAUGAAGAUGCUGCAGAUGGACGUGAACCCAGGCAGUUGGAUUAAUGAGCAGAGACGGAAAAGUGCUUUGUUCUAACUGUGCUGUAAAAUGCCGCAGGAUGUGACAAAUUUGUAAGCACUCAGAUGUAGGGGUAUAGAAUACAAGCAAAGGUUAGUUUGUUGCAUAGAAUACUGCAAGUCCAGUUCACUCGUCCAUUGGCGAGAACUAGGCCCUCGUGUUGCGGGGUCACCUGUUUCAGCCGCCCAGGAAGAGGGACGCCGGGAGAGAGCAGAGGUACUGGAAUCCCUGCUGGUUUGGGAGGUUGGCCCUUCCCAUUGGUGCUGCACCCCCGGUAUUUGCUCGGUGCUGCCCUCCAGUGUUCGCUUAAUGCUGCUCUCUGUUGUUUGCUCGGUGCUGCCCUCCAGUGUUCGCUUAACGCUGCUCUCUGUUGUUUGCUUGGUGCUGCCCUCCAGUGUUCGCUUAAUGCUGCUCUCUGUUGUUUGCUCGGUGCUGCCCUCUAGUGUUCCCUUAACGCUGCUCUCUGUUGUUUGCUCGGUGCUGCCCUCCAGUGUUCGCUUAACGCUGCUCUCUGUUGUUUGCUCGGUGCUGCCCUCCAGUGUUCGCUUAACGCUGCUCUCUGUUGUUUGCUCGGUGCUGCCCUCCAGU